AUGAACGAAACAAGUUAUAUACCAGGUUACAGAGAUAUAAAUAUCCACGCAUUUUAUAGACCACAAGAAGAUUAUGCUUUCGCAAAUAAUAUAAGAGCUAAGCAAUUUAUAUAUAAUCCUUAUUUUAAGAAGGAAUUAAAAGGUCCAUAUAUCAAAAAAAUGUAUGAACCUUUUGAAAUGAAUAAACCACAUACAAAAAGCUUAUUUUCUCCACAUAUUCUUUCUCACACCAAAUUAAAUAGACAAUGUAAUCCUUUAGUAUCCUAUCCUUAUGGUAUUCCUCGAGAUAUAGAAUAUGAAAAGUGUUCAAAAUGUAAAGGAAAAAAAAAACAGCACACAAUUAAGUACAAUAAGAAAAAGAAUAAGAACUUAAAGAGAGAUACACCUAGUUACGAGAGCAACUUUUUUGUUUCAAGAUUAAAAUCCGAGUAUAAUAAUUCCAAUGAGCAACCAUAUAUUAAUAUAGAAAAAAAGAAUGACAAUGGUGAUGAUAUUAGUAAGAUCAUAUAUGACAUAGAAAACAUUAAGGAUAAAUCAAAACGGGAGUCAUAUGAAGAUACAUACUCAAUUCCUAUGGGAAAGGAAAAUAUAAUAUAUGAUUACUCCAAUUCAUCCAGAAAUAGUUACAAUAUAAUAAAAGAACUUAGCAAGCCACGUUAUGAAAAUUUAGAUAAUUUUCCUAUGCAGUAUAUAGAUACACAUGAUAAUGAUGAUUCAUCCAUGUAUUAUUAUAGCUAUAAUGAAAAAGAAAAUUUUAAUUCUCAAGAAAAAUUAAAAAAAAAAAAUUUAGAUUUAAAGGAUCUCCAUAUUAAUGAUGAAGUAAAUAUAUCUAAUAAAUAUAAAAGAGAAAAUGAUAAAAAAUAUGAACAUAAGGAUGUUGGAGAAUCUUCAAGUUCACUUAAUUCGGAAGAAAAACAUGAAAUUGACAAUAUAAUAAGCAAAUAUAACAAUAAUAAGAAUAAUAAUAUACAAAAGGAUAAUAACAAAAAAAUGAACUUUAUCGAUAACACUAUAAUCAAUACGGAUAAGAAAGGAAAAAAGGAUUUAUUAAUUAUGCUUAUCAAUGAUCUGACUCAUGGAAAAAUAAAAUACAAAAAAGCAAAAAAUGAUGAAAAAUAUAAAAUGAAUCAUGAAAAUAAAAUAAAACGUGAAAACAUAAUAAAAAAAGAAAAUGUUCUUAAAAAUGAUCAUAUAUUAAAAAAUACACAACAGAACCUAAAGCAAGUAAAAAUAUGCGAAAAUGAAAAUAUAUUCAGCAAAUACAAUGUUAUGGAAAUUUAUAAAAAUCAAAAUAGUAUAUCAACAGAUAAUAUAAAAGAAAAAAAUACAUCCAAAGAAAAUUCUCAUCAUAGGAAAGGACAUGGAAAAAAGAAAGAAAUGGAAGUAGAACAUUACCAUAGGUACUGUAAAUCAGGAAAUGGAAAAAAUGGAAAAAAUGAAAAGGAAAAAAAUCAUGAGGAUGCAAAAAUUAAAAGAGUAUAUUAUAAAAACAGUUUGGAAUUACCUAAAUCAAAUGAACAAGAUAUGUAUGAAUCAAAUUUAUUGAAAAAAAAAUCAUUCAACCCCAAAAAAAAUAAAAAGGUCUCUAUAGAAAAAGAGCCUAUCAUUUUCAAAAAAAGUAAAGAUGAUCAAUCAAAAAUAGCAAAACAAAUAAUAGCUAGAGCAAAAACAAUGAAAAUGAAAAGAAUAGGUACCAUUAAUUUUCCAACUAAAAAUAGCAAUAAUAUGAGUCUCAAGAAAAGAAAUACCCUAAAAAAAUUAAAUACAAUGGUGGAAUCGAAAUUUAAAAAACAAAACACAACAGUAUUGAAAAAAAGGAAAACUAUGCCAAGGUUGCAUUUGACGAAACCACCCAACCCAGUAAUAUUCAUAAACAAAAAAAAACUUCUAAAAGCACAGAAGAGUGUACACAUCCAAGAUAAUAAUAAAAAAAAUAAAAAUAAAAAUAACAUUAAUAGUAAUAGUAAUAAUAAUAAUAUUAAUAGAAAAAAAAUUCUUAGUAGAUCUAAGACAAAAGUUUAUAUUAAUAAUAAAUCCAAAAUUUUCAAAAAGGCAGACGUAAAAAUGGUUUCAAAAAAUCCAUUUAACAUAUUAACAUCUAACAACAGUUUAAGUAGUAAUAGUGAAGAUGAAAAAGACAAAAAUAUAAUCAAAAAAGAAAAUGCACGGAAUAAUAAUAAAAACCUAAAUAUACCUUCUAAAAAAGAUAACCCUCAUAUUAAUAAUCAUUCCGUAAGAAAUAAAUUGAAAUCGAAAAAGGAUGAAUUAUUUCAGAAUAUUUUAUCGCUAACGAAAAAUAUGAAAGAGCAACCAUUAAAGAAGACAUAUCAUGAACAUAUAAAUCAUAAGGAUUUAUUAUCCUUAACCUCAAAAAAUAGUGAUGAAACAUAUGAUAAUUCAGUUAGUGGAGCAUUGUAA